UUUCACCUCAGCUCAGACUCAAACUCAAACUCAAACUCAUAUCAUCAUCCCAUCGAAUCAACAAAAGAAGGAAAAGGAACUAAGGAAGGAAAGAUUAGGGUUUGUUAUCAAGUAGCCCUAUUCCCAAUCCCUCCUCAAUUUUCUUUUCUUUUUUUCUUUCUAAUUUUUGCUGGAUCAAAAUGGCUUCUUCAAUUUGCAUAAACGAGACAUUGACAGAUGAUGAGCUGCGAUCCAUUUUGUCAAAGCUGGAGAGUGAUAAGGAUAAAGAGAUAUUUGGGUUGGUGUGCAAGAGAUGGCUUCGCUUGCAGAGUACUGAAAGGAAGAAACUUGCUGCUCGUGCUGGUCCACACAUGCUUCAAAAGAUGGCUGCAAGGUUCUCUCGCUUGAUUGAAUUGGACCUCUCUCAGUCUGUUUCUAGGUCCUUUUAUCCUGGUGUCACUGAUUCUGAUCUCUCUGUUAUUUCUCAUGGCUUUCAAUAUUUGAGGGUCCUCAAUUUGCAGAAUUGUAAAGGAAUAACUGAUAACGGAAUGCGGUCCAUUGGAUGUGGUCUUUCUUCUCUCCAGUCCUUGGACGUAUCCUAUUGCAGAAAGCUAACAGACAAGGGGUUGUCAGCUGUUGCUGGGGGUUGUAGAGAUUUGCGGAUCUUACAUCUUGCUGGAUGCAGAUUUAUUACGGAUGAAGUUUUAAAAGCUCUUUCUACUAGCUGUUCUAAUCUACAAGAGUUGGGCCUGCAAGGAUGCACCAACAUAACUGACUCUGGGGUCAAAGAUCUUGUCAGUGGUUGUAAGCAGAUCCAAUUCCUAGACAUCAAUAAAUGCAGCAACAUUGGGGAUGUUGGGAUUUCCAAUCUUUCCAAGGCUUGUUCAUCUUGCCUCAAGACAUUGAAGUUGCUGGAUUGCUACAAAGUUGGGGAUGAAUCUUUAUCAUCCUUAGCAAAAUUUUGCAAUAAUCUUGAAACCCUUAUUAUUGGUGGCUGUCGAGACAUCUCUGAUCAGUCUGUAAAAUUGUUGGCCUCAGCAUGUACUAACAGUUUGAAGAAUUUGCGUAUGGACUGGUGUUUGAAUAUCUCCGACUCUUCCUUAAGUUGCAUCCUCACUGAGUGCAGAAAUCUAGAGGCUCUUGACAUUGGAUGCUGUGAGGAGGUUACCGAUGCUGCUUUUCAAGUUUUAGGAACUGUGGAAAACAAAUUGAAGUUAAAGGUUUUGAAGAUCAGUAACUGUCCAAAGAUAACAGUGACUGGGAUAGGGAGGCUUUUAGAGAAGUGCAAUGUUUUAGAAUACCUUGACGUGAGGUCCUGCCCGCAUGUUACAAAGUCAGGUUGCGAGGAGGCUGGUUUGCAGUUUCCUGAAUGUUGUAAAGUAAAUUACACAGGAAGCUUAAAUGAGCCAGAUGUUCUAAUUUGAGGCCCUAGAUUUUGAGAGAGUGAAAUGUUGGAAAAACUUCAUCUACUGAAACUUCUAAGCAAAACCUUCCUCUGCAAGCAGACUAGUUAUCAGAAUGAACAGGGCUUUUGCUAGCAGAGUUUCCUUCUCCUGUUCUUGUACGUACAAACGCAUCUGACUUGGAUAGAAAUAAUGUUUGGCAUUUUUAUGUAUUCAUUAGGGAUGUUUAUGUACAUUAAGCGUGUGUGUUGUUUAUUCUGUUGAUUUGCGUGGUUACUUUUCUUUAUUUUUGGUUUUCCCUUUGUCCUUCCAGUCAUGGAGUGUUGUUGUUGUUCUUGUUCUUGUUGUAGUAAGAUGUUGGUUGUCUUGGUAUGACAGUAAUAAUUAGUAAUAAGAUUCUCAACUUCCUUAUUAUUCA